GAGGCACGAAAAUGAGCUGUUCUUUCUUUUAAAUCUUCCAAUGGACCGGCAUGCCAACAAUAUAUUGAACUUUUUAAAAAAUUGUGAAACUAAAGAAAAUUUGACAAAGGAAGAAUAUCAGAGAAAGUAUAUAAAUUUAGUAUCUAAGAAGAACUGAUUUUUAACUUAUCCAAUUCCAUAGUCGUCAUGACCAAGUCGUUGCUAUAUGCAUCGGUGUGGUAUUAUAUAAUGUAUUGAUAAGAUCUCCUUGUCGAUCAAACUGAAUAAAUACAUAAACAAACAAAAAAACAAAUGAUUUAGCGUCAUUGUUGUUUUUUAAUAAAUGGUUUGUGGCCUCUGACCUUAACAAUAUAGUUUUUAUAGAUUGUCCCGUACGUCUAUAGUGGUGAAAUUAGAAUGAAUCAAUGCUUUGAACUUUGACUAAAUCCACUGACUUGAAACAAGAUUUCAGCAGCCAUAAGUGGUUCUUACUUUUCUGCGGUACAUUAACAUACAGACUAUUCAGCGCCCAAGAUGGACCGGCACGCCAACAAUAUAUUUAUAUGAAACUAAAUAACGAGAAAAAAAAAUAUCCAAACUUUUAGCUAUAAAAGGAGAAACGAAGGUGCAUCAGAAAUAUACUAAACUAUCAUCCCAACACACACAGACUCUCGCUUUCUGAUAAGUGUAGUGUGCAGUACCUUGAAAGACAAGAAAAAAAUGGGAUUCCCUUUUGAAGAAACCUUGAGCUCUAACUUUAAAACCCAAACUGUUAUUGAUGAUGAUAAUGAGUUAGGUUUGAUGGCCGUGAGACUAGCCAAUGCCGCAGCCUUUCCCAUGGUUCUCAAGGCCUCCCUCGAGCUCGGUGUUUUUGACACUCUUUACGCCGAAGCCGCUCGCACCGACGCCUUCCUCUCACCAUCUGAGAUAGCGAGUAGGCUACCAACUACUCCACGUAACCCUGAAGCACCAGUUUUGUUGGACCGGAUGCUUCGUUUACUCGCUAGCUACUCCAUGGUCAAAUGCGAUAAGGUUGGAAAGGGCGAGAGAGUCUACAGAGCCGAGCCAAUUUGCAGGUUCUUCUUGAAAGAUAACAUUCAAGAUAUUGGAUCCCUUGCGUCUCAAGUCAUUGUCAAUUUUGACAGCGUCUUCCUCAAUACCUGGGCACAAUUGAAAGAUGUGGUGCUAGAAGGAGGAGAUGCAUUUGGCCGUGCACAUGGUGGCAUGAAACUCUUUGACUAUAUGGGAACUGAUGAGAGAUUCAGCAAGCUCUUUAAUCAGACAGGAUUCACCAUCGCUGUGGUGAAAAAGGCUCUUGAAGUUUACCAAGGCUUCAAAGAUGUGGAUGUGUUGGUUGAUGUUGGAGGAGGAGUUGGCAACACCCUUGGUGUUGUUACUUCAAAGUAUCCCAAUAUUAAGGGUAUCAACUUUGAUUUGACUUGUGCCUUGGUACAAGCACCUACAUACCCUGGUGUGGAACAUGUAGCGGGAGAUAUGUUCGUGGAAGUUCCAAAGGGAGAUGCCAUGAUAUUAAAACGUAUACUACAUGAUUGGACCGAUGAAGACUGCAUUAAAAUUCUCAAAAACUGUUGGAAAUCACUACCAGAGAACGGUAAAGUUGUUGUCAUAGAACUAGUCACUCCUGAUGACGCAGAGAAUGGAGAUAUCAACGCGAACAUUGCCUUUGAUAUGGAUAUGUUGAUGUUCACACAAUGUUCUGGUGGAAAAGAGAGAUCACGAGCGGAGUUUGAAGCUCUGGCUGUAGCUUCUGGCUUCACCAAUUGCAAAUUCGUUUGCCAGGCUUAUCACUGCUGGAUCAUUGAGUUUUGUAAAGAAAAUGUGUAAAAUACAAAACUAAAACGUUUCAUCUUCGUUUUCAGUUCUUUGUUUGUGAUGAUCAUACUUUGUAUGUAUGUGUGUUCGAGCAAUAUGAAAGAAAAAUAAGUUUUUUUGUUUA